AGUUGGGCCUAUUCUUAUUUGGGCUUCUUUGGUAGAAUGAUAGGUUAGCAGAAAUCAAUCUUUCCCUUUCUCCCUCUCUUGCUUCUACCGUGUAGACUCUGCAAUCUUCCUCUACUGCUUUUUUGUUUGCCUCUGAUGUCAUCUGCAGCUACCCUUCCCUGAGCUAUGCUCUUUCCCCUCCUCUACGCUCUGCUCGACCCUCUCCUGUUUCUACCGUGUAGGGUCUGCUCGUCCCUCUACUCCUUUUCCGUUUUCGACGGCGUUCUGCAGCUACCCUUCCCUCAGCUAUGCGCUUUCCUCUACUCUUCUCGUCCCUAUGGACAUCACUUUACAGCCGCAGCCACUCUUACGAGAUAUACAACAAAGACUUCAAGCAUCAGGGUCUUUACUUCAGCAAAAUGCUUCUGAUCAAAACAAAAAAUUAUAUGAAUCUCAAAGAGCUUUUCCAGAAUCAUCAACAACACAGAUUGCACAACCAAGUGGGGCUGAUUGGCAAGAAGAAGUGUACCAAAAGAUCCAAACCAUAAAAGAAAAUUACUUCACAGAGAUGAACGAAGUGUACCAGAAAGUUGCUUUGAGACUUCAGCAGGUUUUUCAAUGUCAAAUGACUUAUUGAGUACUGACUCUGAAAAGUGAGGUGCUCACACACUACCCUCUCCUUCUCAGGUAUCCACGUCAUUUGUCGAUAUGUAAUAUCUUUAUUUUCCUUCAACGGUUAAUAUAAUUCAUGUUCAAUCUUAGUUUUGGUUUGUCAACAAUCCAUGCAUGUUCAAGAGUCACUCUUCUUUUGGGGUUCUUGGCUUUCGUGUGUUUUGCUUCCUCUCAUGGACAAGUAAGUUGAUGAAUUGAGACAUCUAACUGAUACAAUACAGAUGAUUAUUUUAAAUUAAUGUGUUUCCAUUCAGUACUUUCCCCUCAUAUUAAAAGUUUUAAUGUGAUUUUCUCAAAUAUAAAUCCUUUUCAAUUCUUCCAGUAGACAUUAGACUGCAAAUCUUCAAUGAACUGGUGUAUUCUCAAUGCCUAACAGUGUAGCCUCUCAAUGUAUUUCGAUAUUGUUCUCUUCACUGCCUUCAGCUACAGUACAUUAGUGUUAUAUAUAUGUUUUGAUGGCAUAAUGUUUACUUGAAAGACUAUCCUGAAGUGCAUGAUGGUUUGGUGGAUGUCAUUUUGUCUUAAGGAUUUUAUCUUUACUUUUUGUUGGUAUUUCAGUACUAUUUCUGCAGGUUCUAACAUGAAAGAUAAUUAAUUUCAACUCAUAAAUGAUUGCUCCAAUCUUUAAACAUUGAUUCUGAAUAAUUCAGACCAAUUUUUACAACACUGGACAUUAGCAGUAAACUACCAAAAGUUUCUACUUUUCUCUAUGAUUAGAAAAGUGAAGUGGUGGAAUAGAAAAGGUUGUUGCUAAGGGAUGAGCUGGAAGCCUGAAUUUUUAUGGGAGCUAAUGAGUUUGUUGAAGCCCUUUUGCAGUUUUACAAUCAGCUGUGCAUGAAGGAAAUUUGAUGGCUCAGGAAGUUGGAGCAAUGGCCCUCUUCAACCUUGCUUUGAAAAACAAUAGAUCCUUCAUUAAUGGGAACAUGUUUGAAACAUUUUAAUAAUGGAAACACAAAUGGAUCAAAUUAUGCUGAAGUUGGAAAUGAGUAAGAGGUUGUUGACACAUGGUGGUGAAUGAGAAUUCGGAUUGUGAUGAAGGCAGCAAGGAGUGACAGAAGGCAUAGAGGUUUUCUGGGCUACUGGACGUGAUACAAGCAGGACUGAUCAGACUUGGCUGGGCUGCUGGACGUGGUACAAGCAGGACUGAUAACACUCAGUGUGCAAUUUGAUUGAUCUGAGGAAGGCUUUAGAAGUUGCAGCUGCUAUGGUUGUUACUCUGGUGUUGCUUUGUUAAGAUUAGUUUGUACAUACUCACUUUGUUUGUACAAGAUUUAGUUUCAAUAUUUAAAAAAAAUGUUGGUGUACAAGAUUUAGUUUCAAUAUUUAAAAAAAAAUGAAGGAACGUUGGAUUUGGUUUGAGGAAAGCAGAAAGAUAUGGUUCUAAUAAAUUAUUGUACCUGAUUGAUGUUGGGAAUUCACUCUUUAAUUACUUAGCAGUUAUAAUUCAUGAAUACCGUUCUGGUCA